UUUGCCACCCCGUAUAAAACCGUGACCGGGGUCACGGCGCGAUACCAACAGGUGAUGCCGAAGAAGGAGGACACUCCCUCGAGCGGCAUCUCGUCGAGCGUCUCUCCCGAGUCCUGCUAUCGUCGUCGUUGCCGCCGACGACGACGAUUACGGUGAUUUAAUAUAUCGUUUUCUUUGUUCGUCUCUCUCUCUCUCACUCUCUCUCUCUCUUUCUCUCCUUCUCUUUCUCUCUCUUUCUCUCUCGUUCUCACUUCCCUUUUCUGAAUCCAUUGUUUUACUUUAUAUCUUACGGAUUUUGCCGACAAUCACGGGGAGAUCCGUCUGCGCUACGCGAUUGUGAAGAUAUCAGACUCUUAUAUUCGCGUGUUAACGAAACGCGGACGAAGAAAAACUGGACGACGAAACCAUCAAUCAGUUCGAUGAUUUAGUGGACGGACAAAAUUUAUGGUGCACUGAUUCCUCUCUCUCGAUGCAGCUUUCCGCGCGUUUCUUCUAGCGAGAGAGUAUAUUGUGAAUAUAUAUGUUGUGCGAUUAUAACACGAGCGCGGAAUUGACUUGCAACAUGUGAUGAUCGAGUGCUCUCUUCCACGCAUCAGAUUUUGGCAAGGAUGCCACAAGGAAGUAUUCAAUGGCAAGGGACGCAGAGAAGAGCCUGCGGGCCUGGAGCUAAUUGGAAUGUACAGGUGGUGAGAAGCAAGGUGACAACACGGUGCUUGUGGCACGCCUGUAAAGCUCUCGGAAUUGGGCUACUGCUAAUGCUUUUAGGAGCUUGCAUGGCAACUAUAGGUUAUUAUGCGGAUCAGCUAUCGGUCGCCCAAGAAAUCAGAGGAAAUAUAACGGUAAAAGUGAAGAACGAAUCGCGAGGUUUUCACUUGAAUAAUCUAAGUUACGCAGGUCCUAUCGUUAUGGGUCUAGGAGGCUUUAUUGUAGUAGCAGCCUGUGUGAUGACUUUCGAGGCGCGUGACAGCGCAGCUAAAGUGGUACCAGCUCGUUAUCGCUUCAGCCAAGGAUCAACGUUAAGAAGUUCGAAGAAUCAACGUAACAGAAGAUCGACAUCGAGUCAGACGACAAAAUGGGAUCACCAACUGGGCCUAUUUCGAACGAAUCGCAGUCCGAGUCCUAGUACACACGAAGUCUCGAGAAAGCAAUUGACGGCAGAAUUUAUGCAAUUUUCAAAAGAUCUACAGGAAAAAGGAAUGUCGCAUUCCAUAAAGAAGAGUCCGAGCGCGCCAACAUUAAUCGACAAGAAAUCGCCACGCCGAAGAUCGCCUAAAUACGCUGGUUGCUCGCUCUUGAAUCCGGAAUUGCUACAAAGACACGCUGUUUCAGUCGACAAUCCGAGCUAUAGUCCGCAUCAGAUUAGCAGAGAAAGUUUAGAACAUCAAAAGAUGAAUGGUAGCCAAGUAUCAAUGGCAAUGGAUCUUCAUAUUCCGAACAAAGGUCCUGUUACGCUCAAAGUGAAGGACCGAUCUGAUACGGCAAGACGUCAUCAGUUGCUACGUCAAACAAAAGUGGAGGAUGUCGAAGAAGUUGACGAAGCCACGCGACCAUCGCCGACCGUUAUGUACUCGCCUAAGUUGCCAGGCACCUAUUGCAGAUAUCCCGACGAUUUUGUGCCAAGAAAAAGAAAUUCAAUAGAUUUGAGACUGUUGGAAGAAUUGACGGCGGUAUCGAAAGAAUUGAGCAAAACCUCGCCGCGAGACUUUCGUAAAAUCUCAUCGCCAAAUUUUCGUAAAAUGUCUUUCGAUAGAAUCGGCAGUGAUCGUCGUUUUGACAGAACAAAAAUGGGACAUCGAAAAGCCAGUCUCGAAUUCAAAAGAAGCCCCGAUUUUCGAAGAGGAGACUAUAGGUGGAAGAUGUCGGUGGAUAGAUUCAGCGUCGAUUGUACUCGAUACAUGCUCGACGAGGCGGAUAUAAAAUCACGAACGAGUAGCGGUGAGAACUUGCGAAGACAGACACGUCAUCCCAAGUUACUCCAUUCCAGAUCGGACGAUAACAGGAGACGAUCUUUCGACAAGCAUCCGAAAGAUCCUCAAUCGAGUCGACACUCUCUCAACGCUCCGGUCGUCGUCGAGUGUCCGGGAUACGAUUGUGAACCGAAGUACUUCACGACUGUGUCACUUGAUACCGAAGAGAGUCGUGCCGAUAAUUCCGAAGAGAGUCGUGUCGUAGACAUCGAUGAUGCGAAUCUUGCCGGUUUAUCGCCCGAAGGACCCACAGAGGCCGACGCGUUGCUCGAAGAACCGGAAUUAGAAAACGUCACCGAGAUUGAAAGAAAUAUUUUCGAACGCGACAACAACAAACGCGAAUCGCACGAAUCGUCCGGCAAAGAUCGCGUGAUCGCGUGCUUGCAAAUACAAAAUUUUACAAGCGAACACAUGGAUUCGCGAACGAUAAUUGAUGAUAAAACGGCACAGUCUUCAGAUCAGAUUGAGAUGUGCGAAACGACAUUGUACACGGAAGACGAUGAAGUCUGAAGUGUUGAAGAGAAAUUUUUUCGACAUAAAAAAAAAAAAAAAACAGAUCUCUUCCCACCGAAAUAUUUUAAGGAAAGAGACGACAAUGUUAUCGAAUAUAAAAAAAUUAAUGUUGUUGUUCACACAUUGCGACGUUUUAAUACUGCAGAUAUCUUUGCACAGAUGUGAGCAGAUUAUAUACAUGUAACACUAUUUAUCGAGAUUAUAAAUGUCGCAUCCGAUUGUCUUUGAAUGCGAUGUCGCGUUGUGAAAUACAUGCUCAACGUUUUAAGUUUUGAUAACGUAAAUAAUACGUACAUUUUAACGAGAUUGAAUUGCGUUUUAUAACGAGACAAUCAUUUUUUUAUCGGCAUCUCGCAUUACCUUUCGCACGAGGAGGAGGGUAACGAGAGCGUGUAACAUUUGCCACACACACAUUUGAUGACAAAUAAUUGUUAACAACAAAUUUUCACGUAGAGUGCAUAUGUAUAUACAUAUAUAUAUAUAUAUAUAUAUAUGCAUGUAUGUAUAGAUGAUAUAAAAUAAAUUUAAUAAAAGACUCAAAUAAUACAAACGUGAGAUUACAAGAAAGCUUUUUGUACUUGUAAUGAAAGAACUGUAUAACGUUCACAUAUGUAAAUAUUUCAGACUAUAUCUUGUAACUUGUUCGUGUCAUAACUGACGAGAAAAUCGGACAAAUAUGUCACGCGGUUCAAAAUAUAUAUAUAUAUAUAUAUACAUACGUAUAUAUUGUAGAUAAAGCAAUGUUAUUAAACAAAAGGAUUAUUGAAUAUUGCAAUAAAAAAAAAAUAGAAUAAUACCUUGUUUUUUUAUGAAACAAAAAUAAUAUUUUCCGAGCGAUAAUUGAAUUUUUUAAAUGUAAAAGGUGGAAAAAAUAAAUGUAAGACCGUUACUCUCUUAGCAAAUCCCAAGGUAAUGUAAUGGGAUUGAAAUUAAAAACUUGAAGUGAAUUUUACCUGUGCGAUACCCAUCGCAAACGUAUCUUUAAGAAAGUCUUCUUCAAUCAAUCACGAAACAUAUAUAUGUAUGUAAGCACUAAACAUUUAUAAAACUCAGGUCUAUUCUAACUCUAUUGCGUAAUUUGCGCAGGUAAAACUGCGGCCUACUUUUUGUGCUUCUUGAUAUAAUAUAUAUAUUUACACAAUUUGUUAUAUAUAUAUAUAUAUAUAUACAUAUAACAAAUUGUAUACAAAUUUAACAUGAUAAUUUUCUGGAUUCUAAUCUAUCUCUUCAGUUUAUGCCCAAAUAUACGACUCAACAUUUCUACGAGUAAUAAAAAUGUGACAGUUAAACUUGAAGUAAAACACACCUGUUUUUUCAUUUGGAAUAAAAGCUUAGCUGUGCGCGUGUAAUAUAUUUUUCUAUUCUCACACCAAUGUGUAAUACAUAGUGUUCGUUCAAUGUUGAGUACAUACACACACACACACACACAAAAUCAAUUAUUAUCAAUACAUGCAAGUAUUAAAUAUGGUUUUUUAUAA